UUGUAUCUGUUUUCAUUCAAAAAUAAAAACAACAGUGUUCAUGAGCGAGGAAGGUGUUGAUGAGCAGGUUUCAAGCUGAUUAAUUUCUGCAAUGUCGACGGUGAUUGGAGCGGUCAUUGUCCGAAAACUGUAAGAAUACCGUCGGAAUACCGUUUACUGCCGUGAUGACGCGAUCAAAUUCAGAUUGUGGCAGCAGUACCACCGGGUAGCUGGUCUGACCAAUUGUCUUCGCAUAAAUUAACUGUCCUGAGUGUUGCUCGUAUCUCAGUGCCUGUAUACCAUUUGUCGCCACAUUGAUGGUCGCUCCUUGCUUAAACCAAUUUCUAAUGUACGAGUCCGAGACAAUAAUCGUACCUCAGUCCAUUCCGAGGAGACUAAAGAAAUGAAUAGAAAUAUGCUAUUAAAAUGAACCGUUAUAGAAAACUGACAAUAAAAGCAAAUUUCUAUAACGUUGAAGUAAGCAGGAAGAGUAUUGAAUAAAAAAAUCAGCCUGGUGCUGCUGGCGUAAAAUUAAGGUAUCGGUAUCUGUUUACUUGUGAAUUUUUUGGACUGCUUUCGUGAUUGACACUCUCUCCGUAGACUUGUAUAUUGAGUAUGUUCUUAGUGCAAAUUUUUUUUAUUAUUUCAGUGCUGCGGCUGAAGUAGAAGCCCCUUGUGACGUAUCUGAUGCUGCAGAAGGGACCCGUCAUGCUUCAGUAGAGGAACGUUUAAGUGCCAUUGAAAGAGAACAAAUAUCACUUCGAAAACAACAAAAGAAGACACUUUUUGUUGAAAGGGAAAACAACAUAUUGCUCAAGGAGCUUCAUGAGAGCAUUCUUCAAAUGAUGAGGAAGCCAAUACCACUGCAAGAGCCUGAUAUUGGACCUGCGAAUACCCUACAAGAGCUGUCCGUCCUGCUAGCUACGGAGGAAGUAGUCAGUUCGUUACCAAAAUACGAAGCUGGAUCACUCAUGGCGACUCUUCGAGCGAUGGUCAAGCGUCUUAUGACGCGUAAUCUUGCAGUCACAUUCUCUUUCACCGGUUUAGAUAGAAAAAGAAUGAGAACCAAACUGAGCUUUAAGAAACAUGACAUUUACAGAAUUCUUCUAGGCGCAAUUGAUGCUACCUCCUUUGGACAAUGUCCUCGUAAAGAUAUAGACCGGGCUCUGAUAAACGUGUUGAAAAACGUUGGAGAUUGGGACAACUUUAGAGGCAAUCUUCGAAAAAAUGACGAACAGAAACAUCCAAAAACAGGCGACGAUGCUAGACUAGAUUUCCCGUCUUGCGAGCAAGAUCCGCAUACGGAGCAAAGCUGUUCUACGGUGUCACCUGAAGUUUCGUCUCCAAACCAUGUCUACUGCAGUCAAAUCGUACCCAGUAACUUAUUGGUGGAAAUGCACUUAGAAAAUUAGGAAAUCGAACUAGGAGCGAAUUCUGGUUUAAGUACAUUUUGCUAUUUGAAAGAGCCAGAGCUCAAUUACCUUAUUUUCUUGAUUAUAAAUAUACGAAGUUUAACUAACCUGCUUCAGUUUUGUGAAUCUUUUGCCAAAGGAUAGCUUUUACUUCGCCCUUGUUUAGACGAAGUAUUAUUGAAGACUAGCGAAUUUUUAAGUCUGGUUUCAAGUAUUUUUUUAGAACUUUUUUUUCUGUGUCAGCUCAAUGUUUCGAUGUAUUUAUAAAUGGUGUGCAAGAGGCUAACAGCUUGAAGCUUAUUUCAAGUUUUCCAUAACGACGACACCAGUCUGAGAAAAUACUGGAAGAGGUAUAAGAAUUGGAAAAUCGUAUCUACAUUCCUCAAAAACACAUGCUUUGUGUUAUUUGGAUUGCUAAUAUUGACAGCUCAGUCGCAUACAUUAGCUCCUCCGGCGCUGUUGAUUUUGUGCUCUGCUACUCUACCUGCUACUCUGUUGUGUCACCCCCCAGCGGCGUUACCAUUCCCCCUUCUACGGGUGUCGCCUCGCAACCCAUCAUGUUCUGUCUUAAAAUUUCCUUUGCUUUAUAAUUCAAUCUAAUUUGCUUUAUUUUCUCCGUCGCAGACGUCACUCCACAGUCAGCUGCGCUGCUCUUUGUUCAUAAAAAACAGCAUUGACUUCUAGUUUUUUGUAUUAUCUUUCACUAGCAACUCCUUAACCUUUAUUUCCUAGCUUCGUUACAGCUGAUUAAAUAUGUACAAAACUUUUGCAAAUAACAUAUGGCUGA